AUGGGCGAGAACUUCAAGUCAGAAGAUAUACUUGGGUUUAAACUUGAUAGGUGUAUUUCUGAUACCUUGAUUAAAACAGGUGCUGGUUUAUUUGGGGGAAUCAUAUGUUCCGUGGUGCUUGCUAAAAGUAAGUUCCCGUAUUAUAUAACUUGCCUAGGGCGUCCAUGGCCACUUAUCUUCGGGACUGGUUUUGGUCUGGGAAUGGGAAUUUCCAAUUGUAAUAAUGACUUUAAACAACCACUUCCUUUAGUUUCUCACCGUAUUGUGAGUUCAAAUCAAGUUCCGGAUGAAAAGACAGACACAUAA